CUCUUUCCUCCCUCGCCUUUGACUGACGGAGGUUACCCGUCGCCAUGGUGAAGGAGCAGUUCCGCGAGACGGAUGUGGCCAAGAAGAUAAGCCACAUCUGCUUUGGGAUGAAAUCUCCAGAAGAGAUGCGGCAACAGGCUCACAUCCAGGUGGUUAGUAAAAAUCUGUACACGCAAGAUAACAAUCACUCUCCUCUGCUUUAUGGCGUACUGGACCAUCGAAUGGGUACAAGUGAAAAGGACCGUCCAUGUGAAACUUGUGGGAAGAAUCUGGCAGAGUGUUUGGGGCAUUAUGGCUACAUUGACCUGGAGUUGCCUUGUUUCCAUGUGGGGUACUUCAAAGCUGUGAUAGGCAUUUUACAGAUGAUUUGUAAGACAUGUUGCCGUAUCAUGCUGACCUGUGAAGAACAGAAACAGUUUUUGGAUUAUCUGAAGAGACCUGGCUUAACCUAUCUCCAGAAACGGGGCUUGAAAAAAAAGGUCUCUGAAAAGUGCAGGAAAAAGAACACUUGCCCAUAUUGUGGGGCUUUUAACGGUACUGUAAAGAAGUGUGGCUUACUAAAGAUAAUCCAUGAGAAAUACAAGACCACUAAAAAGAUUGUAGAUCCUGUUGUGUCUCACUUCAUACAGUCCUUUGACACUGCUAUAGAACAUAAUAAAGAGAUUGAACCCCUACUGGGGAAAGCCCAGGAAAACUUGAAUCCCUUAGUGGUUUUGAAUAUCUUAAAAAGAAUUCCUGCAGAAGAUAUCCCUCUGCUUUUGAUGAACCCGGAAUCGGGCAAGCCGUCCGAUUUGAUCCUGACACGGCUAUUGGUUCCCCCAUUGUGCAUCAGGCCCUCAGUGGUGAGCGACUUAAAAUCUGGCACCAAUGAGGAUGAUCUAACCAUGAAGCUGACAGAAAUAAUUUUCCUCAAUGAUGUGAUCAAAAAGCAUAGAAUCUCAGGGGCGAAAACUCAGAUGAUAAUGGAGGACUGGGACUUCCUGCAGUUGCAGUGUGCUCUGUACAUUAACAGUGAACUCUCUGGCAUUCCUCUCAACAUGGCGCCCAAGAAGUGGACAAGAGGCUUUGUUCAAAGGCUGAAGGGAAAGCAAGGUCGGUUUAGAGGAAACUUGUCUGGAAAGCGAGUGGACUUCUCAGGCAGAACGGUUAUCUCACCUGACCCAAACUUGCGAAUCGAUGAAGUGGCUGUACCUGUUCAUGUUGCAAAAAUACUAACAUUUCCUGAGAAGGUGAACAAAGCUAACAUUGACUUUAUGAGGAAACUCGUUCGGAAUGGUCCAGAGGUUCAUCCUGGAGCCAACUUCAUUCAGCAGAGGCACACACAAAUGAAAAGGUUUUUGAAAUAUGGAAACCGUGAGAAGAUGGCUCAGGAGCUGAAAUAUGGAGACAUUGUAGAGAGGCACCUCAUUGAUGGCGAUAUAGUCCUGUUCAACCGACAACCUUCUCUGCACAAGCUCAGCAUCAUGGCUCAUAUAGCUAGAGUAAAACCCCACCGGACUUUCCGAUUUAAUGAAUGUGUUUGUACACCAUACAAUGCUGAUUUUGAUGGCGAUGAGAUGAAUCUUCAUCUUCCUCAAACUGAAGAAGCCAAAGCAGAAGCGCUUGUUCUAAUGGGGACCAAAGCAAACUUAGUAACACCAAGAAAUGGAGAGCCUCUUAUUGCUGCUAUUCAGGAUUUCCUUACAGGUGCCUAUCUCCUCACACUGAAAGACACUUUUUUUGACCGAGCUAAAACUUGUCAGAUUAUUGCAUCUAUCCUGGUUGGCAAGGAUGAAAAAAUUAAAGUUCGUCUUCCACCUCCAGCAAUUCUGAAGCCUGUAACUCUGUGGACAGGAAAGCAGGUCUUCAGUAUCAUUCUAAAGCCCAGUGACAGUUGUCCUGUCAAGGCCAAUCUCCGAACCAAGGGCAAGCAAUACUGUGGCAAGGGAGAAGACUUGUGCAGCAACGACUCCUAUGUUACCAUCCACAAUAGUGAGCUGAUGUCUGGCAGCAUGGACAAAGGGACUUUAGGGUCCGGAUCAAAGAAUAAUAUCUUCUACAUUUUGCUGCGAGACUGGGGUCAAGUAGAAGCAGCGGAUGCUAUGUCACGACUAGCCAGGCUUGCUCCUGUCUACCUCUCUAAUCGUGGGUUUUCAAUUGGAAUUGGCGAUGUAACUCCUGGACAGGGUCUGUUGAAGGCAAAAUAUGAACUUCUGAAUGCUGGCUAUAAGAAAUGCGACGAAUAUAUUGAAGCUCUGAAGACUGGCAAGCUGCAGCAGCAACCUGGCUGUACAGCAGAAGAGACACUAGAGGCGCUGAUUCUGAAAGAGCUGUCUGUGAUCAGAGACCAUGCUGGUAGUGCCUGCCUUAGAGAAUUAGACAAGAGCAACAGCCCCCUCAUUAUGGCUCUUUGUGGUUCAAAAGGCUCCUUCAUUAACAUAUCCCAGAUGAUUGCUUGUGUAGGACAGCAGGCUAUCAGUGGGUCGCGAGUGCCUGAUGGCUUUGAGAACCGAUCCUUGCCUCAUUUUGAGAAGCAUUCCAAGCUACCAGCAGCUAAAGGUUUUGUUGCAAACAGUUUCUAUUCUGGCUUGACGCCCACUGAAUUUUUCUUCCACACAAUGGCUGGUCGUGAAGGUCUCGUUGAUACAGCUGUAAAAACAGCUGAAACUGGAUACAUGCAGAGACGACUGGUGAAGUCACUUGAAGAUCUGUGCUCACAAUAUGACUUGACUGUCAGGAGUUCUACUGGUGACAUUAUACAGUUCAUUUAUGGAGGGGAUGGUUUAGAUCCCGCAGCCAUGGAAGGGAAAGAUGAACCCCUGGAGUUCAAGCGUGUCCUGGAUAACAUCAGGGCAGUGUAUCCUAGCCGAAGUGAGCCAGCACUUAGUAAAAAUGAAUUGGUGUUAACUGCUGAAUCCAUCAUGAAGAAGAAUGAAUUCCUUUGCUGUCAGGACAGCUUCCUACAGGAAAUUAAAAAAUUCAUCAAAAAUAUGUCUGAAAAGAUCAAGAAAACCAGGGACAAGUAUGGCAUUAAUGACAAUGGCACAACAGAGCCGUAUGUUUUAUAUCAAUUGGACCGGAUUACUCCAACCCAGCUGGAGAAGUUUCUAGAGAUCUGUAGAGAGAAGUAUAUGAGGGCACAGAUGGAGCCUGGCUCUGCAGUGGGCGCUCUGUGUGCUCAGAGCAUUGGUGAGCCUGGCACACAGAUGACUCUGAAAACUUUCCAUUUUGCUGGUGUUGCCUCAAUGAACAUCACACUAGGAGUGCCGAGGAUCAAAGAGAUCAUCAAUGCCUCCAAAGCAAUCAGUACACCGAUCAUCACAGCACACCUUGACAUGGAUGAUGAUCCAGACUUUGCCCGCUUGGUUAAAGGAAGAAUAGAGAAGACACUACUAGGAGAGAUUUCAGAGUAUAUUGAAGAAGUUUUCCUUCCAGAUGAUUGCUUUAUUCUUGUCAAGCUUUCAUUAGAACGGAUUAGACUGCUGAGGCUGGAGGUUAAUGCAGAGACAGUGCGGUAUUCUAUUUGCGUCUCAAAGCUGAGAGUGAAGCCUGGGGAUGUGGCUGUCCAUGGUGAGGCUGUUGUGUGUGUUACUCCCCGGGAGAACAGCAAGAGCUCAAUGUACUAUGUCUUGCAGUCUCUGAAGGAAGAACUACCGAAGGUGGUUGUGCAAGGUAUCCCAGAAGUGUCUCGUGCGGUCAUUCAUAUUGAUGAGCAGAGUGGGAAGGAGAAGUACAAAUUGCUGGUAGAAGGUGACAACCUGCGAGCUGUCAUGGCCACACAUGGAGUCAAAGGAACAAGGACUACUUCUAACAACACUUAUGAGGUUGAGAAGACUUUAGGCAUUGAGGCUGCUCGAACCACCAUUAUCAACGAGAUACAGUAUACUAUGGUAAACCAUGGUAUGAGCAUUGACCGGAGGCAUGUGAUGUUGCUGUCUGACCUGAUGACAUACAAGGGUGAAGUUCUGGGGAUUACUAGGUUUGGCCUUGCAAAAAUGAAGGAGAGUGUAUUGAUGCUUGCUUCAUUUGAAAAGACAGCAGACCACCUCUUUGAUGCUGCCUACUUUGGGCAGAAGGAUUCAGUGUGUGGUGUUUCUGAGUGUAUCAUUAUGGGUAUUCCAAUGAACAUUGGGACUGGACUUUUCAAGCUGUUGCAUAAAGCGGAUAAAGAAGCAAGCCCCCCAAGAAGGCCCUUAAUUUUUGAUAACCCUGAUUUCCAUAUUUCCCUCACUACGUAGCAUCUGGAUACCGCUAAACAGCAAGCAGAUGUGGGGCAUUUGGUUUGUUUUAAAUGGAGUAUAUGUCCUAUAUGCCUCUCUAAAGAGGGUUUGGAAGCUGGAUAUAUGUGAGAGCUCCUGGUGUGCACAACUGAUCCGCCACUGAUGCAGGCGUUUUAUCUUUUGUGCAGAGUGAAAUUCAACUGGUGGCAUUUGUUUUAAAAAUCAAGAAUUUCCUCUGCUACACUGAAAAGCUGUAACAUGGAUUGUGGAACCUCAAAUCCCUAUGAAAGGGAAUGGACUUAACGUAGUUACUUGGAUUUGUGACGGAAGCUCCAGCUAUAGCGAUAGGAACAUUUACUUCAUGCCUCUAGCAGCUGCGACAAACAUCUGUCAGAGCAUUCAAAGUAAUUUGUGAUCUGAUCAAUGUAGGACAGAAAGGGGAUAGCCUACUGCUGCUUUAUGUAACACGUUACUUUUUUGUGUUAAAUGUGUCUCAGCAUUUUUUUUGCUCAGCUUUCCUAAAACAUGGUGAUCCAAGAAUUGAUUUUCUCAUGGUGCUACCUCAUAUAACCCAGUUCAACAUAAAUCCAUCAGAGUGAUUUUUUUUUAAAGCACACUGAAAAACCAAAUUGGCCCUUAAUGGUGGUAACUUGAGAAGAGAACUCUAAUUAGCUUUUUGGAGCAUAAAAAAUUGCCAUUCAUCACAACAAAGAUUUCUCAGUAGCUACCACUAGAGUAGGGGUGGACAUUUUUGGGAGGGCAAGGGCCGUGUUUGCAUCACCACAGCACGCUUCCACUGUCCUGCAGAAUUCUGGGUGGCAGCGGCAAAUGAUAUUGGUGAUUUGCCACCGAGCUUCAGUGGUGACCUAUUUACUGGGCUGUGGUGGUAAACCAUUGAUAUAUAUAUAUAUAUAUAUAUAUAUUGGGGGGGGGACAGCAGGAAGGUGGUGAGGGCCACAGCGGGGGCCACGUGCAGCCCACAGAUUGUGUGUUGCCCACCUCUGCACUAGUGGAUCAUGGGCAGUGCUGAUUUUAUUUAUUACAAAAAGUUUCAGAGAAUGAUCUCAUCAGGCAAGUUCCAAGCAUCCAGAUACUAAUUAACACACUCCAAUCUUGUUAACAGUGAGCAAAUGGCAAAGCCCUGUUUAAGCGACUGACUUGUGCAAGUGGCGGCUUACAAUGACCCAAAGACAACUAGCUCAAACCAGACUGAAGUAAACCAGAAGUUAGACCAGAAUGCAAUGCAGAUCUAAAUGUGCACUACCAAACAUCUGCUGUUAUAGUUUAACAAACUGAUAGAAAAGCUGUGCUGGGCUGUUAUGAUUCCAGGCAAACCUGAAGCUUGUGAAUCAUCGUCAAAAUUAAGGCACAAAGCACGAAUUUGUGGGUGUAAAUGACUUAUUUUGUAAACGUGUUAGAUGCUAAUCUGUUUUGGGGUGGCCAUGGGAAGACUGGGGUAAGGGGCAGUAUGGUUGCUGCAGUUUCUGCUUCCCGUCUGGCAGUUUGGAGAUUCUUUUUUCAUCUUCUCAAUUUUGUGGAUAUGUUAUACAAGGUAGUUCCUGAAUCCAAAAAUAAGGGUAUUUAUUUUUCCUCUUCUAAAAUUUAAGACAAGUGUUAUAUAGCAUGGGGAAAACUUGCUUUCUUUAUACUGUAGAUGUGA